CGCCGCGAGAAACCCCAGCUCGCCGGAGAAACGCCGCGCAUCGUCGUCAUAACCUCCGGAAAAGGUGGCGUCAGGAAAAUAACCACCACCGCGAACGUCGGACUCUCCCUCGCUCACCACGGCUUCUCCGUCGUCGCAAUUGACGCCGACCUCGGCCUCCGCAACCUCGAUCUCCUCCUAGGGCUAGCGAAUCACGUCAACUACACCGUCGUCGAGGUCCUCAACGGAGACUGCCGCCUCGACCAGGCCCUCGUUCGCGACAAGCGCUGGUCAAACUUCGAACUGCUAUGCAUCUCGAAACCUAGGUCGAAGCUCCCGAUGGGAUUCGGCGGUAAAGCGCUCGAGUGGCUCGUCGACGCCCUAAAAACGAGGCCGGAAGGCUCGCCGGACUUCAUCAUCAUCGAUUGCCCUGCCGGAAUCGACGCCGGGUUCAUAACCGCCAUCACUCCGGCGAACGAGGCGGCUCUUGUGACGACUCCCGACAUAACAAGAUAGUAUGAAGGCUGUUAUGGUGGAGGAGGAGCCUAAGAAACGUGGCUUCUUCUCUUUCUUUGGUGGUUGAGUGGAACCGAACUGAAAGUGAAACUGAACUGAACUUCCUCGGAGUUGAUUACGUAACGUCGAGCCAAAGAGAAUCAACGAGUGAAUGCUACUAUCUCUUCCUUGCAACGAGACCACCAUAGCCAGCUCUGUCGCUAGCCAGUUCUGUCGCUAGCCAUUAAAGGCACAAGCUUUUUGGAUGCUCGUUUCUUCUUCACACCAAAGAUAAGUUAUUUUAUCAAACCAUCACGUGCUUUAAUCACUUAAACAUUGUGGCUUUGGUUUAAACUAA